AAGAAAAGGUUAAUAAAAAACCCCAAACGCAAAAAGAAGUUAUUAGCUACUAGGGUUUCAAAUUCGAUAAAAAGAAAAUCAUGCCGAAGAACAAAGGAAAAGGAGGAAAAAACCGAAAGAGAGGUAAAAACGAAGCAGACGACGAGAAACGCGAGCUCGUAUUCAAGGAAGACGGGCAGGAAUACGCACAGGUCCUCCGUAUGCUCGGCAACGGGCGGUGCGAGGCUAUGUGUAUCGACGGAACGAAACGGCUGAGUCAUAUACGAGGUAAGAUGCAUAAAAAGGUAUGGAUAGCUGCGGGAGAUAUAAUAUUAGUAGGAUUACGCGAUUAUCAAGACGAUAAAGCGGAUGUUAUACUUAAAUAUAUGCCUGAUGAAGCGAGAUUGUUGAAAGCGUAUGGUGAGUUGCCGGAGAAUAUUAGGUUGAAUGAAGGUGUUGUUGUUGAUGAGGAAGACGAUAACGCCGUUGAUGAUUAUAUUGAGUUUGAAGAUGAAGAUAUUGAUAAGAUCUAAUUCAGUCUAUCUAUCUAUCUAUUUUAUGUUUUGAAAUUGUAAUGGAAUGAAAAGUUGAGUUCGAAGAGAGUUUUGGAGGCUCGGAUGUGGCUUUGACUUCCUCGAAUUUGAUUUGUAUGUUAGUGUUUAGUUUUUUAACGACUAUGUCAAGGAUCUUAUUCAUCUGAUUGUUAAUUAGAUUCAUAUGAGUACGAGUUCGAAUGUUCUUUUCUUGAAA